AUUUCGACUCUGGUAACUACUUGGCUAAUGAUUCUCCAUCCAUGAGGUUAGGACUAGUCAAGAUGGACGUCAACGAGCCGAAGAAAAUCAUGCAUUGACAAUAGGAUCACAAUGUUAGGCCAUUCAACGCAAAAAGACUAGCCUGCUUCGAUGGACACAAAACAUGCUAGAAUAAUAAGUCGGGGGCUGAACGAUUGGCAUCAUAUGUCUCCGCAUCCGGUAACCGGCCACUUUAUCUAAGUGCAGCAUUAGCCGGCCCACGCCGCAUGCUCUCACUGCUAGCUGGCAGCUGCAAAUCUUCAUAGUGACCACCAUGAGCACAGGCAAAGCCCCCAUGCACCCCCUGCUGGCGCGGUACCUCGCGCAGCUGUCGACAAACCCACUGCGCACUAAGGCAUUGACGUCUGGCAUGUUUUGUUUCCUCCAGGAAGUCAUUGGUUCGAACGCAGCUGGUCUUCCACCACCUCAAAUCCCAAAGGAUGCGGCCCCCUUGACGAAAGCGCUUGUACGCGCACGUAUUGACUCCAAGGCCAUCAAGAUGGCUUUGUACGGGUUCUUCGUGUCUGCUCCUAUGGGUCAUUUCCUCGUCGGCACGCUGCAGAAGGCUUUUGCUGGGAAGACAGGGCUCAAGGCUAGGCUGGGGCAGCUCCUCGCGAGCAAUUUGCUGAUUUCGCCAAUAAAUGCGGCUGUGUUCUUGGCUUCUAUGGCUGUCAUCAAUGGUGCCAAAUCCGUCGACGAAGUCAUCCGCACCGUAAAGGCUGGCUUCUUCUCUGUCCUCCGAGUAUCAUGGGUAGUUUCCCCAUUGUCCAUGACCAUUGCACAGCAGUUCAUUCCCGUCGAACUGUGGGUGCCUUUCUUCAACACAAUUCAGUUCAUGGUCGGCACCUUCAUGAAUAUCAAGGUGAAGAAAAUGAGACUCGCCGCGGCAAGGAAGGAAGCUGAGGAGCGGGAGCGAGAGAGAGCGAGAGCUGCCACAGAAGAAAAACCUUGAUCACCUUAUCUUGUAUUCACGCGCAUGUCAGUCAUACUUACAC